CGGCCCAUCAGAAACUCGUUCCCGGACAGUAAAUUAUGAUUACUUAGCUUGUUAUCGUCCUAUAAUCCGGUCCGUGUUGUUCCGGGUCGAGUUGUCUAAUACUUUACUGAAACGUAUUUGUAACGGACGUAGUGAUUGGUCAAACUGAAUACACGCGACCAAUGAUAACGAAGUUAGUAAAUAUAAAGGGGUCGUAAUACGGCACAACUAAAAUAAAUAUGGCCGAGUUGAAAAACGGAUGGUCGUUUUUGAAAAGAAGUGGAGGGGAAGAGAAGAAGCCUUCAAAAUAUGCCAAAUAUGAACAAAAUAGAGGGAAAAGGAGGUUUCAAGAGUCUUGGAAGACAGGAAGACCUUGGCUGAAGGUAUCUGCCGAGUCAAUGAGCUGUACUUGGUGUACAGAUGUUCACGAAGCACCAAAUGAGUUUUGCUGGACGACAGCAAAAGUCGAGACACUUAAGUCCCACGAGUCCAGCAAAGCGCACAUUAAAAGUGUUGGUGUUAUUAAAGGGAGAACACUUGUUGCUAAAGGAGAGACAACAGAAGCUCAGAAAAGUAUUGAGAGUUUGAACAAAGCUGUCAUCAAUAAAUUAUCAAUCUUGUUCAAAACUGUGCAUGCCUUGUGCUUAGCAGGAAGACCUUUUUCGGAUUAUGUUUGGAUGUCGAAAUUGGACAAGGCAAAAGGUCUUGAUAUUGGACAAACAUACCUCAAUUCAAAUAGUGCAAAAGAAUUUUCUAAAUUCAUUGCAUUAACUGAACUAAACAAGAUUGCUCAAAUAAUCCAGUCUUCUAAAUUUGUUUCAAUAUUGUCAGAUGGCAGCACCGAUUGUAGUGUCACUGAAGUGGAAAUUGUAUACGCCAGGAUUUGUAAUGCUGGGGAAAUUAAGGUUUUUUUCCUUAAUCCUGCUUAUGUUGAUAAAAGUGAUGCGGAUGGAAUUAUCGCAGCAAUGAUUAGAUCUGUUGAAAAGGUUGGGGUCCCUUGGAAAGAAUUUUUAAAGAAGCUUGUUGGCAUGGGGAGUGAUGGUGCAUCUGUAAUGCUUGGGAAGAAUAAUGGUGUAGCUGCAAAGCUUAGGUCAUUGCAGCCGUCCAUGGUAGCUGUCCACUGCUAUGCUCACAAACUUGAGCUGGCAUUCAAAGAUGCCAUAAAGCAUGUGCCGCUAGACACCAAAGUGACAACAUGCCUUUUACAAGGCCUGUAUUAUUUUUACCACAACAGUGCCCUUAACAGAGCCAACUUGAAAAGUUCUUUUAGGACAUUAAACAAGAAAGUACUCCUUCCAACGAGAAUCGGAGGAACAAGAUGGGUUGGCCAUCUCUUACGAGCCCUUGAAAAUUUCUUGACUGGUUAUGAAGCUGUCAAGCAACAUCUUGAACAGAUAUGCUCUCCUGAUGCUGUUGAGAGGUCCUCUGCAAGCACAAGUGGGAAAGCCAAGGGUCUUCUAAAGCUUGUGAAGUCUAAGCAUGUCAUGUUGUACUGCUACUUCCUAGCAGACAUAGCAACAAUCCUCUUUAGGUUGUCUAAGGUCUUUCAAAGAAGAGAGUGCUGUGCCUCAGAUAUUUAUGGAAUGGUCGAAGAAACAAACAACUUAAUUGAUUUGUAUAGUACAAAAUUUUGGUGAUGGCAAGUUGAGUCAGUUGAUUGAUCACUUUGGUCCUUGUCUUGAGUCCAUCAAUACAGCUGAGGCUGUUUUUGAAUGGAGUGCCAUGAAAACU